UACAUAUCAUAUUUAAAGCCAUCGUCCCUUCAUAAAUACUUUAUUGCUUAACAACUAUCACGUUCCUCCCUUACUCUUGAUUUCCCUUCGCAACAUUCUCGAACUCGUUUCUCUUUCUUCCCCAAAAACAGUCUUUGCUUUGGCCAUGACAACCUAUGGAACGAUCCCGACUUCCUCAACCCCCCUGGAAAACCUAGAAUACCUAUCUCGAGCUAAAGAUUGCAUCAAAGAAGGCCUCGGAGCUCGACGUCCAUGGAAAUUCAUGUUCAACAUCCACUCCAUCAACUGUCCUCGAUCAGUCUCUGAAGCCAUUUCCAGGUUUAGAACUAAUGUGGCUUACUUCCGAAUGAACUAUGUCAUGAUCGUGUUUAUCAUCCUUCUCCUCGGCCUAUUAUGGCACCCCACCUCCCUCAUAAUCCUCAUUACCAUGAUGGCCCUCUGGUUGUUCCUGUACUUCCUACGGGACAAACCCUUGGUCGUUUUCAACUGCACUAUUGGCGAUAGUGUGUUGCACGUCGUGCUGGGGGUGUUGACCUGUGUGUUCUUGCUGUUGACUGAUGCCACUGGCAAUAUCUUGGUGUCGGUUUUUAUCAGUGUGGUUGUUGCCUUGGUGCAUGCUUCGUUGAGAAAGAUUGAUGAUUUGUAUGAUGAAGAAACUACCGGCUUUAUUUCCGGACCUUCAUCAUCUUCUUCAUAGUUCUGGGUUUAUUUCUCUCUUCCGAGGUUGAAAUUGAGUUAUAUAUUUUUAUGAAUGUUGUUUAACUUGACAU